AUCCAUCAAAUGUUUGAGCUGUUAUUAUAUCGGGGUCGUAUUUGAUGCCCUCUCCCUCUCUUCGCAUCAAAUGCGCUUUCCUCUUCAAUUCGACUUCCGAUUCGAACUUCACCAUCGCACCGCAAGGAAGCCUUGAGUUCGUACAUCCAUGGCGAGACCUUUGAGUACUAGGCCCCAUGGAUCUACCACCACAACCCUAACCCUAGAAAACCACCCUAGUUCUUCAUCUGCGCAAAGGCCACAACAACAAACCCUAGUUCUUCGCCUGUCGCGGCCCAAAAAGAAAGUCACAUGGAAGGAAGGCACGGUCGAUAACGAGUUCCUUAACAAGAAGAGCUCUAAGAAGUGUUGUAUCUUCCAUAAGCAGAAGCCCUUUGACGAAGACGACAGCGACGACGAUGAUGAAAACAAGAAUGGUCAUUGCUGUAACAAAGAUGGUGCCCACGGCAAUGCUGCCGAUCAUGGUUGUUGUUCCAAGGAUGGUGAGGCUAGCACGAGCAACCCUUGCUGUUCUGAUUGAGUCGGCCGUUGAUCGGAGUGGUUGCGUCUUCUUUAUAAGUGUACAUGUAUGGGUUCCUUCUAAUUCCUUCUUGAAGAACGAUAUAGACCUCUUCAAUUCUUCAAUGUAAGAUGUAUAUUGGUUUAUCAAUUUCGCAUGUUUAUCUGUUUUAAAGGGACCUUGUUUUCUGGGUUUAUUUGAACUUCGUAUCGGAGAAUUAUUUCUAUCAGAUUUUUUAAUUUUAAUGUCUUAC